CUCUACACAGUUUCGCGCUUCUUUCGCCGUCUUUCUCAGUUGUUCCCAAGAAACUUCUGGCGAAUCCGUCCAGCUUUGUAGUCUGUAGAUGUACUUGGCGGAUUCAAUUCACAGAAACAGCGUCUUCUUGCGGCUUAUACCCUACUGCCUAGAGCUCUUCGAGCUUCUCCAGAACCCUAGCAAUCGUUCUUCUUCCGUGAUUCCUUCACCGCUCGAAUUUCUCCGCGCUUGUUCCUCUACUGAUUUACAGCCUUUCUUCGACUACGUCUCAUUCCCGUUGCUGCUCCUGCUUGAUGCGGCGGUCGAAUGCCAAGAAGAAGAGGAAGAAGCUGUCUGCAGUGCCGCAUAGAGUGUGUGACAAAGUGGCAGAAGGCGUGGUACUGUGCUUGGAAGAGCUUUUCCAGAAGAGUCGCUUCGGGUUUGUCGAUCAGAUGGUUCUAGUGAUGAAGAAAUUGACUCACGCAGCUAUGCUGUCUCCAUUUGAAGCUUUGGAGAGUUUCGAGAGGGAGUGAUCAGGUGUUUCGGAGCUGUACUUAGAGGUAUACGUCCUUGUGCCGAUGAAGCUUGUUCGUGUAGGCAAGCUUAUGGUGUGCCAGCAUUGGUAGAGAAUGGGGAUGGUCAUUCGUUGGCCCUACGUGAGCCUUUGAGUUAUGAUACAGAAGGAAGUAAAUGCUUGAUUGCAUUUCUCCAAUCCCAUAAUGCAGCAGCUGCAAUUGGACACUGGUUCUCACUUCUUCUGCAGGCUCAUCGAAAAGCUUCCAAAAGUAGUACUUGGAGGCAAGGAGUUGGCUGCUCUCUUCCAUGCACAACAGUUACUUGCUGUCAUUUAUUAUUCCGGGCCUCGGUUUAUGUUGGAUCACCUCCAAAAUCCGGUGACUGCAGCAAGACUCUUGGAUGUUUUUGCCCUCUGUUUGGAUGUGUGCUGUUUCAAGGGAACUAGAAAUUCUUGGCAGACAUCAACACCCAAAACUGACCACUCCCUUCCUAAAGUUUUCAGGCCAUAGCAGAAAUUUCCAAGGCAUCAAAAUCCGAGACUUCUUCAUUACCAAGUAAUGCAGAAUUGUACCUUAAGGAUGUCAAGUCCAAAGCUUCAUGGUUGGAGAAGAAAGCAAGGGCUGAAACCAGCCACAAUCCAGAUGGCGAGUCUGAUAGUUGCCAAGGAGAAUCAGAACAAUGGGUAAGUAUAAUGUUCAAGUGGAGCGAAUCCAAAAGGUAUAGACGAACAGUUGGCUCUAUUGCUGCGUCAUGCUUAUCGGCUGCAACCCCUGUUCUUGCCUCAAUGGAGCAGACAGCAUGCCUUGUGGCAUUGGAUAUAGUCCAGGACGGCGUUUCAUCACUGGCGAAAGUGGAAGAAGCCUAUCAGCACGAGAAAGAAACCAAAGAAGUAAUUGAAGAAGUGGUGCGAUCUUACUCGAUUUAUGAGCUUCAUGAUACUAUGGAUGCUGCCGAUGAAGGGAUUGAUGAGAACAGAUUGCUUCCAGCUAUGAAUAAAAUAUGGCCGAACUUGAUUUCCUGCGUUCGUAACAAAAAUCCCGUGGCCGUAAGGAAAUGCGCAAGUGUGAUAGCCAACGUGGUGCAAAUAUGCGGAGGGGACUUCUUCACACGCAGGUUCCACACCGACAGUCCAUGCUUAUGGAAGCUCCUCUCUCAUCUCCGUUCCAGAAGAAGCCCGUAAAAGAAGAACGAACACCGCUGCUCCUUCCUUACAGAAGCAAUCCUUCCACAGAUGAGUCGUCUUCCAUGGCAGAGAUCUCAAACCUGAAGGUCCAGGUGGCAGUGCUUAACAUGAUCUCCGACCUGGCGCGGAACAAGAGGAGUUCCACGGCACUGGAGGUAGUCCUGAAGAAGGUCAGCGGUCUAGUGGUGGGAAUAGCUUGCAAUGGCGGACAGUAGGAAUGGGAUUGCUGCUACUCUUCUUGCUGUUCACUGCCGGCGAAGUGAAAAGCAGAGCGGGAAAUGGGAUGUAGCUGAUAAACACUUGGCAUCGUCCGAGGCGGUAAAAAUGUUAUUUCCAAAGCGAUGAAGCUGCUGCGUCAGUUCCCCGGUGGGAAUUUCCGAAGUGAAAAACAAGGCGAUCUUGUUGAAGAAGUCCAUCGCGCACUGAAACUUCCGAAGUCCGGGAAUUGGCUGGCUAGCCAGCUUCCCUUUGAAAAUGACGGAUAGAUUUGGCACCAUUAAUGAAGAGUUCGUCGAGGCAAAUCCUUGCUGAUAAUCCAGUUUAAUUAAUUUUUUCUCGUUUGUGAGCGACCAACCCAAAGUGCGCCUUUUUUUUUCUUUCUGUCUACCAAAUCAACACCCACCAUUACUAUUGUUUAUAUCUUUCCUAAUUUCUUCCAGCUGCUUCACGGUGCCUCCUCAUUAUAAGAGAAGCUAGGUAGGAAACUGCCGGCAGAUCAGCAACAACUAGAUCGGUCUGAAUUUUGGGUGGCCGGCCGGGGGGAUUUCAGGAUGCAGAGAACCGUGCUGAAGGUGGAUAUUGCGUGCGUCAAAUGCAAGAAGAAGCUCCUCAAAGCCGUUUCUGCUGUCCAAGGCGUGGAUAGGGUUGAGAUUGAUGAAACAAAGGGAACACUAACAGUGACGGGAAGUGGUGACCCGUACGAGGUAAUUGUUCGGGCAAGGAAGACCGGAAAACACGUGGAAGUUGUGAGUAUCGGGCCGCCGCCUCCUCCUCCGAAGCCACAGCCGGAGGGAGGACAACAACAACAACAACAACCAAAGAAGCCGGACGACAAGAAAGCACCUGCGGCUGGAGGAGGGGAUGACAAGAAAGGAGGCGAUCAGAAAAAAGGCGGCGGCGGCGGCGGCGGUGGUGGGGGGCAGCCUAAAGAGGAGAAGCUGGGUGAGCAAAAGGGGCAGUUGGGGUGGCCGAUUGUCCACCAUCAGGAUCCAAGUAACUAUCCAUACUAUCAGCAAGUGGUAGUGGUUCCGAUGCCCACAUCCUAUGAUCCACACUAUGAUAACCAUAAGCCCCUCUUGCUCUAUCAUGUAGAAAGAUUUUUUUAAUAUAUAUAUAUAUUCUGUUCUUUUAGUUCAUUUUCUAUAAACGAUUGAUUUCAUUUUUCGUAGGUG